CAAAAAGUGACUGCUCUAUUCGCAGAUUCGCAGUCGUGCAAGUUAUUUCACCAAAUCACAAAAUGGGGACUUCGAAGGAUAUAUCGAUAGGACUUUUCGCCCUAUUCCUUGGACUAGGCUGUGUGUCGAUCAGUGAGGCUGCCUUUGGUCGCAGCUCCUCCACUGGCAUGAAUUUUGGAAUAAUAUCCAUUCCAUCUGCGGCCUCGUGUUCCUGUUCCUUGUCGAUGUCCUGCAACUGCUGCCAAAGUGUUACCAUUAAUGCCUUGAACGACAACAAGACUCUUUGUUUGACUGUGAAAUUAAGCGUCCUUAGCGGCUCUGUGGAUUUGGGCGUCACCCUGGAUGGAACUUCGGUGGGCCAGUUUACAGUCAGCACCAAAAAUCCGCCAACGGCUUGUCUUCCCAUUGUAUCGAUGGUUAGCCUCGACGUUUGUCUUAAGCUUAACUUAAAGAUGGCCGGACUGUCGGGAGUACAGGCCUGUCCGGUAUUCUAUACUUCCUACAACACUAAUCAGGUCGUUGGCUAUAACUUUCCAUGUGUCCAGGUGGGCUUAGACGGCGUCAGUCUAGUGUCAUCCUAGAGUUGCACCCCAAGACUUAUAAAAAAUAAAAAAUACACCAGUGCUUCGUUUAA